GCCAGUUUGCUUCCGACUCACGUCGAGUGAGGACGGUGGUUCUGACGCGGUAUACUGGAAUCUAUCGUUCUCAUAAGUUAAAUUUUGUCGAGUGGCGUGUACACAGUGUAGGUUGAAGGUCGUUCGUCGUGAGAGGCGAGGGCGAUCUGCGAAGGUGUUCGAGACCUUUAUUUUUCUGAAUACCGAGUAGGAAAAAACACGAACAGCGGAGGAUCGACACGUCCUUGAUUCCAAACAACAUAUCCUUAUUAUACCUGAUAGUUUUCGUCCAACUGGUCAACUGCGCGUCUGAUAAACAUUGUUUUCUGCUGAGGUUCCACCAGCAUGGCGGAAGCUCAUUCAGCCGUUGCCUUCAGCUUUUCCAUCACUCAUGAAGGAUGGGACGUUAAUUUUGACAGAGAAGUCUUGCACUUGGUAUGGCAAUCAGGUAUCAGGUCUUGGAAGAAACGAUUCUUCAGAUUCAAAAACAACAUAAAAACUGGAGUGUAUCCAGCAUCGCUACAGAGUCUUUGGCUAACGGCUGCUAUUGUCACAGCAAUUCACUUUGUGGGAUACAAAGUGCCCUUCGAUCUUGUCGGCAAAGUCGCGCCAUACCUACCAGGGUCUUCCAUAACUGCUCAUCUAGCGGGAUCUUUUCUCGUCGCUUUCUUAAUAUGGCUGUUUGUCAUCUACACUAUUCGAUACACUCUUAAAUUAUUGCUAAUGUACAAAGGAUGGAUGUAUGAAGCUCGCGGCAAAGGUAGCAGUAUUUCCUCAAUCACAAAACUUUGGCUCGCCGCAGUUAAACUAAUGUCAGGAUGGAGCACACCCAUGUUGUACAGCUUCCAAGGAUCUCUACCCAGGCUUCCAUUGCCAUCUGUCGAAAAUACAAUCCAAAGGUACUUGAGAAGUGUUAGACCGCUUUUGGAUGAUGAUAAUUAUACAAGGAUGGAACGACACGCCAACGAGUUCAAAGCUGGUAUCGGCGUUAAGCUUCAGCGUUAUUUAUUACUCAAAUCGUGGUGGUCUACCAAUUAUGUGUCUGAUUGGUGGGAGGAAUACGUUUAUUUGAGAGGAAGAUCUCCAUUGAUGGUCAACUCUAACUUUUACGGAAUCGAUGCUUUACUCAUGCAUCCAACCAAGAAUCAAGCAUCUAGAGCAGCAGUAAUUAUUCACUCUUGUUUACAGUAUCGGAGACUCAUCGAGAGACAGGAACUUGAACCGAUCCUGGUUCAAGGUUUAGUUCCUUUGUGCUCUUGGCAAUACGAGAGAAUAUUUAACACAUCGAGAAUCCCUGGUAUCGAAACUGACAAGAUUGUACAUGUUCAAGAUUCGAAACACAUAGUCGUUUAUCAUAAAGGAAAAUAUUACAAGGUUUUGAUCUAUUAUAAGAACAGAAUCUUACAGCCGUGUGAAAUUGAAAGGCAAAUGCAGCAAAUACUUGAUGAUACUUCGACACCGUGUGCAGGUGAGGAGAAACUAGCAGCGCUCACCGCUGGCGAAAGAACAUCCUGGGCUCGAACACGAGCAGAACAUUUCGGUAAAGGCGUGAACCGAGCCUGCCUAGACAACAUUGAAAAGGCAGCUUUUGUUGUAACUUUAGACGAUAUUCCAUACGAAUUUGAUCCGGCUCAUCCGGAGAAAUUGGACAAUUACGGCAGAAUCUUGUUGCAUGGAAAGGGGUACGAUCGAUGGUUCGACAAAUCGUUCACGCUUUGUAUAGGAAGUAACGGCAGGAUCGGUUUUAAUGCCGAGCACUCGUGGGCAGAUGCGGCUGUGAUGUCACACUUGUGGGAGUUUGUCAUAUCGGAAGAAACCAUGAAUAUAGAGGCCGAUGCUCCCGUGAUGGGGCACCUGUGGGAAUACUGUGUCGCUACGGAAGCGGAGAAUGGAUACGGAGAAGAUGGACGUACAAUGGGAACUCCUGAAUUUACUCCUCCACCUCCGGUUCGUCUUCAAUGGGACAUGAGUCCGGAAUGUAUAGAAGCUAUCGAAAACUCUUAUUUGGUUGCUCAGAAGCUGUUGAAUGAUGUAGAGUUGAGAAUUUAUAUGCACACCGCUUAUGGAAAGGGUUUCAUGAAGUUGUGUAAAGUAUCGCCAGAUGCUUAUAUACAAAUGGCUCUUCAGUUAGCUUAUUAUAGAGAUGCUGGUAAAUUUAGUCUAACUUAUGAAGCAUCGAUGACAAGGUUAUUCAGGGAAGGUAGAACCGAAACUGUUCGACCUUGCACCAUUGAAUCUGCAGCUUGGGUUAAAUCUAUGGAGGAUAAAUCUGCGACUAUUGAUCAAAGAUACAAGCUGCUUACUGCCGCUACAGCUCGUCAUCAGCUAGGCUACCAGGAUGCGAUGUGCGGCAAGGGAAUAGAUCGUCACCUAUUCUGCCUGUACGUUGUAUCUAAGUACCUGGAAGUCGAUUCCCCGUUCCUUAAGGAAGUCUUGAGCGAACCCUGGAGACUCUCAACGUCACAGACACCGCAUGGACAAACCUCGAGAUUAGAUUUGAAGAAAUAUCCAAAUUGUAUAUCUGCUGGAGGUGGAUUUGGACCGGUAGCUGAUGAUGGAUACGGCGUUUCUUAUAUCAUUGCCGGAGAGGAUUUCCUGUUCUUCCAUAUUUCAAGCAAGAAGAGUUCGCCCGAUACGAAUUCAGCAAGGUUUGCAAUCGCGAUAGAAACAGCGCUUUCUGAUAUGAGGAAUCUAUUCACCGAGUAUAAAAAAUUACAACAGCAUAAAAACGGAUCGGCGUAAUACGGUGAUGUUAUGUACCGCAAGUUCUUUUUUCCUACUCUUUUUCUCUCUUUCUUUCUCAUUGUCUUGUCUUUUCUCUGUACAU